AAUAAAUUAUUCAGGUAGCCGCAUAGAAGCAAAAUGUAUGAAAAGAAAAGUAUCUUACUGGGACCUUAUAUUCCAGUUGCAGCAAACUUUCUAUCAAAAAUGACACCAGAUAUAAGAAAAAAUGUUUUCAGAUGUAUGUUACAACUUGCAGUCAGUUCACUGGAAGGAAAAGAUAUACCUGAAGGAGCAUUGGACAGUAUACAAGGGCAAGGCAUAUCACUGUCACAACUAUAUGAAUCCUAUGCUGGAAUACUGACUCUUAUCCAGUCAUUUCUAAGACUACCACAAGGAUCAGUUAAUUCUGACCAUUUGAAAGAAGAUUUAAAGGAACUGAAAUUUCCUGAAGAAUGUCAAACAGACCUCGUAAGUGUCCUGUAUGGACCAAAAAGACUGGCAUUGGAUGAGGGAAUUUGCCAGGACAGUUUCUAUUUGAAGUUAGAAAAGUUGAGAUGGAGGGUUGACAUAACCAUUUCAUCAAGUGUUUUGUCAAGAGUUCUGGAACCCAGCAUAUUGUUUGAUAUGACCUUGAGUAAUGGUGAAAAGAAAACAUUUGAAAUGUCCAUUUCCAAAUUCCAUCAAGUAAGAUACAGUGUAGCAUCAGUUCUGAAAGAAAUGGGGUUAAUGGAAAAGAAGAAACUUUUCAAAACUAAUGUGUAAUACUUUGAAAUAUUUCAUGAAUUGGAUAGCUGAGUCACUGUUAGCUUUCAGAAAGUAGUACUGUUUGAUAUCUGUAAAUAACAUUAUAGAUGAAGAUAGCAUAAAAGAAGAAGAAAGUAAAAUAGGUAAAAUAAGAGCACAAACUUGA